AUGGUGGCAACAGAACCCCUCCCCAUCGCCUCCCACAUCAAAGAAUUCGUAAUUCAAAAGAAAGAUACUCUUCCCCUUCCAUUGGCAGCCCGUACCCGUCUCGAAGCCGCAGGAAUCGAUCUCUCUCACGGAUACCCGGAGCGUCCAGCCAAGCCCCUUUUCCUCGACGAUGCCAUCUCUAUCCGUAACGAGGACCGUCCACAUAUUGACGCCGGUGCUUGCGCCGACAAGAGCAAAUCGGCAUUGCUCUCUGCGGCGAAAGAAGUCAUUCACCUGACGAAGAAUAUUGGCACUGAAAUUGUGGGACUUCAGUUGAAGGAUUUGACGGGUCAGCAGAGAGAUGAGUUGGCCCUUCUGAUUGCGGAGAGAAGUGUGGUUUUCUUUAGGGAUCAAGAUAUUACGCCUCAGCAGCAGAAGGAGUUGGGCGAGCAUUUUGGCGAGGUGGAGAUUCAUCCACAAGCCCCCCAUGUCCCGGGAGUUCCAGGCGUGACGAUCAUCUGGCCCGCUCUCAUGGCCACAGAAAGAAAGGCAUCCUUCAGACAACCAGGUGGUGCUUCCAGGUGGCACACAGAUCUCGUCCACGAAAAGCACCCCGCAGGAAUCACGCACCUACACAAUGAUACUGUUCCCACAGUCGGUGGCGAUACACUAUGGGCUUCCGGCUACGCUGCUUACAGCAAACUUUCCCCAGACUUCCGCAAGAUUAUUGACGGCAAGUAUGCAAUCUACACCUCAGCACACACCUAUCUGGACCGUAGCAAUCCCGAGGCCGGUCCAAAGCACAUUGAAAGGAUCCAUCCAAUCGUCCGAGUGCAUCCUGCUACUGGAUGGAAGAGUCUGUUCGUGAACCGAGAUAUGACAAAGCAGAUUGUGGGCUUGGAUAAGGCCGAGAGUGAUGUGAUUUUGAAUUAUUUGUACCAUGUUUAUGAAUCGAAUAUUGAUAUCCAGGUGCGGUUUAAGUGGACGCCGAGGACGAGUGCUCUUUGGGAUAAUCGGAUUACGAUGCAUAAUGCCUCGUGGGAUUAUGAGGGCUCGGAGCCGAGACACGGGACGAGAGUGACGAGUUUGGCAGAGAAGCCGUAUUUUGAUCCUGAUGCACCGACUAGGAGACAGGCAUUGGGACUGGAUGAUGAUUGA